AUGUCCACUCGAACUACAGCAUCGACCUCCAGCUCAUCUAGCUCGCGUCGGGACCAAGGCUCUAACAGAAGCACCUCAAGGAAUGCUCACCCUGCUGUCGAGUCGGCAGUCACUCGCCUCCUUGUGUCUAUUAAACAACUUCUUGAAUCGCUCACACAAUGGAGCUUGGUGCAAAUUGAUGAAAAUGCGGUCAGCGACGUGUAUGUGCAACUUGGAAACGACUUCAAUGCUGCUGUUGCUGCUUUUGCUGCUUUCAACAUUGACAUGGCAGAACUCAUGUCAGUACCAGAUGACUUACGGAAUGUCCUGGAGCAAUGCCUCGCAGAAGAUGCCACCCCAGACAACCUCGAACUCUAUCUACCCACUGUGAGGCAAAUAAUCACCAAUCUCCUCCAAGGUCUACGCGGAAAACAGUCGAUAUAUCGACGAAUAGUGUCUGAUCACAGACAUCGUUCCGAGUCGGGUUCAGAGAGCAAGCGUACUCGCUCCACCCACCGUUCACAAACUUCCCGGUCGACAACCAGCGAAGUGGAGACACCCCCAACGCCAACCUCAGUACUUCGUGACCGAGAUAGCACUUCUUCACGUCGCAGCACCCAACAACGAAGGAUAGACCCAUCAUCACCCUCUCUCAACGGAACUACGAUUCCAGAACAAUCUCAAUUCGUUGGUGGAUUUUCUCCCUCAAUUGUGCAACCCGAGGCUGGGCAACCCCAUGAAGAGUUUGCGGAGUCCUCGCGACGAGUUAGAGUCCCUCCUCCCAUCGAACCACCUGCGCCAGAUAGCUUUGAGCAAUAUCCAUCCAAUUCUCCCACCCCUGCAGAGCAGACAGCUCCUACUGCUCCAGCUCACAUGAAGCGCUAUUCAUUGGUGGAUAAGCCUGUUGCUCCUCCCACUGUCGUUGUGGACUCGUCCAGCCCAAACCACGACUCGGAUACUCGACUCAAUGGCACAAUGUCCCCUCAGCCUCCGGACACCCCACCCAUCGACUCACUUCAAGCUCCUGCGAUGGAAAACUCAUUAGCAGCGCUGAAGAAGAGUGAUGCCCUUGAACGCAGAGCCUCAAAGCGGUUUUCGACGUACAACAUCUCAAAGAUGACUGGGUCUACACUACGAGAGCGUUCAACUCGGACGGGUGUUGGUGGCUCAAAUCGAAGAUCACUUGCUGUUUCGUCAGCAUUGACCCCAGGCGAGCUUGCCGUCUUAACGGAGGCAGAUGACGAAGAACCAGUAGAACAUGUUGCUGCGACGCUUUUAAGAAGAACAAGUUCAAGGUCACGCAGUAAUGAAGGGCGCAAGGCCAACACUCCUCCUGUUCCGCCACUUCCGGCAACACCGUCUCGUACCCCGGAACCUAUAAUUCCGCCAUCUUCCACCACUGAGCCCUCAAAAACGGCUGUGACUGGUGUCGAAUCCUCCGCGACAGGACCUUUUACCAUCUUCUUGCAACUUGGCCGUGAAGUCAAGAAGGCCAAAGUCGAUCGCAAUAUUUCCUUCGCGUCACUGCGAGUGCUAUUCGUUGACAAGUUUUCAUACAAUCCUGGCCUUGAGAAUUUCCCCACCAUCUACAUUCGUGAUCCUUCGAGUGGGGUGCAGUAUGAAUUGGAAGACGUCGAGGAGGUACAAGAGAAAUGUUUACUGUCUCUCAACAUCGAACCGCUUGACCAAAUCAAACAACAUAUCGACGCCCAGAUAUCAACUCUUUCGCAGGACCUCAAGGAUCUAAAAUUGGCCGUGAACAACUCAAAGCGACAGUCGAUCUCGAUCUCCCCGGCCACUAUCGUUGGACAACCGCUGGCGGAAAGUACACCAGCCCCUCGACCAACAGAACGCCAAUUCCGCAAUGUAGCCCGGCGGUUAUCGCGCUUUGUCGAUGACACUGGCUCUUUCAGCCCUCCGGUCCAACCGCAAGUGACUGGUCAAUCCCUCCAACCACAGAUGACAGGUGGUUCAGUACUGUCAGACUACUCAUCUCGGGUGAUGACGGACCUCAAGACCCAAUUCGACGAAGUCCAAAACCUUCGUCGUGAUCUGGGCAUAAUGCGACAGUUGUAUACCGAGUUCAUGAAAUCGACGAAGGACUCCUUAGGACAACUCCGCACCCAAACCCAAUCCGUCAAGCAGCUGGCGACAACUCAUGUUGGCGGUGCUCGAGAGUAUAUUGAUACGGGCAAGAAGAAGCUUGACGUUCGCAGUCAAAAUAUUCUUACGGAGGUUGAAAAACUUCAAGAUUUGGUUGAGGGGGUCAAAGAUGAUGUUGUCAAACGUCAUAUCACUCCCAAAGCUCAAUACCUCAAGACGAUUAAGAAUGACAUUGACUCGAUGGCCACGGAGAUGGAGAGCCUGAAGGACCAUAUCAAUACGAUCAAGCCGAUGUGGAAGAAGACGUGGGAGGAAGAGUUGCAGAAUAUUGUGGAUGAGCAAGGCUUCUUGACUCAUCAAGAGCAGUUCCUCGAGGACCUACUGGACGACCACAAAGCCUUGAUGGAAGUCUACGGUCACGUGGAGAAAAUCAUCAACCUCAAAGGCCCUGGUUCCGUGGGUCGGAGCGGUCGCAAAGGAUUCCGACCACCGCCUCCUGAAGAAGGGCAUGGUGGCUUGAGCACAGUCAUGCUUGAGAUUCGGGGUGCCGCAGUUGAUCCAGAACGACGGAUGAAGGCUAUCGAGGCCAGCCAGAAAAGCAGGGAAAAGGAACUCGCAAGUCGGUCAGACGAAAUGCAUGCCGAAUUGAGUGACUUUGUUGCUGGCAAGAAGUUGCGCAUGACAGGAGGCGCAGAAGAGGCUGAGCGGGUCCGACAGAAGAGAAACGAUAUGACACUCAAGGCCAUGUUCACCAACGGCGGGGUCCCAGAUAUGGGGUCGUAA